AUGUGGCUCUCAAUUUUUGUGGCUUCCACGUCACGAGGAAGUAGUGGCGAUCCAACGAGAUCGCUCGCCAAAUAGGCCGACUGACUUUUGUAAAUGUAAUUAAAACAACUACUCUACGAAGGUGAGCAACUGGUGGCGUUUCGAGGUAUAAAGCCAGCCAGUGAUAUUCUUUGUAUUCUUCAAGACCAUUCAAAGUCCAGUAGAAAAAUGACGGCUGCAGAAAAUGUUUGCUACACUCUGAUCAAUGUCACAUCUGACUCAGAGCCCCCUUCUGAAGUCAGCCUGAAGACUGAUUUGGAAAAGGGGGACAUCAAAGCAAAAACUGAGGCGUUGAAGAAAGUGAUAAUAAUGAUUCUGAAUGGUGAGAAAUUGCCAGGUCUGCUGAUGACCAUAAUCCGGUUUGUGCUGCCACUUCAAGACCACACCAUAAAAAAACUGCUGCUCGUUUUCUGGGAGAUUGUCCCCAAAACCACCCUAGAUGGCAAGCUACUCCAGGAGAUGAUCUUGGUUUGUGAUGCCUAUAGGAAGGACCUGCAGCAUCCUAACGAGUUCAUCCGAGGCUCCACUCUCCGCUUCCUAUGCAAGUUGAAGGAGUCAGAGUUGCUUGAGCCUCUCAUGCCAGCGAUCCGCGCUUGCUUGGAACAUCGACAUAGCUACGUCCGCCGGAACGCUGUCCUUGCCAUAUACACCAUCUACAGGAACUUUGAACAUCUCAUCCCGGAUGCUCCAGAGCUGAUUCAUGAUUUUCUUGUGAACGAAAAAGACGCAAGCUGCAAGAGGAAUGCUUUCAUGAUGCUAAUUCAUGCAGAUCAGGACCGAGCUCUGGACUACCUCAGCACGUGCAUAGAUCAAGUUCAUACUUUUGGAGAUAUUCUCCAGCUGGUCAUUGUGGAACUGAUUUACAAAGUGUGUCAUGCAAACCCAUCUGAGCGUGCCCGCUUCAUCCGUUGCAUCUACAACCUGCUUCAGUCCUCUAGCCCAGCUGUAAAGUAUGAGGCGGCUGGCACGCUUGUUACUCUCUCGAGCGCUCCCACAGCGAUCAAGGCCGCUGCUCAGUGCUACAUUGAUCUGAUUAUCAAGGAAAGUGACAAUAAUGUGAAACUCAUCGUUCUUGAUCGUCUGGUGGAGCUGAAGGAGCAUCCCACUCACGAGCGUGUACUCCAGGAUCUUGUGAUGGACAUCCUGCGUGUUCUUGGCACUCCUGACCUGGAAGUGAGGAAGAAGACUUUGCAGCUGGCACUUGACCUCGUGUCAUCACGCAACGUGGAAGAGUUGGUGAUCGUUUUGAAGAAAGAGGUGAUCAAGACAAACAAUGUGACUGAACAUGAAGACACAGACAAGUACAGGCAGCUCUUGGUGCGCACACUUCACUCUUGCAGUGUGCGCUUCCCUGACAUGGCAGCCAAUGUUAUUCCUGUGCUGAUGGAAUUCUUAAGUGACACUAAUGAAGCAGCCGCUGCUGAUGUGUUGGAGUUUGUGCGAGAGGCCAUUCAAAGAUUUGAUACCUUGAGACCGCUUAUCAUUGAGAAGAUGCUGGAAGUCUUUCAUGCUAUUAAAACAGUCAAAAUCUACAGAGGGGCGUUGUGGAUCUUGGGUGAAUAUUGCAGCACAAAAGAAGAUAUCCAGAGUGUAAUGACCGAAGUCCGCAGAUCACUUGGAGAGAUUCCUAUUGUGGAAAAUGAGAUAAAGAAAGAGACAGGGGAGUUGAAGCCAGAAGAUGAAGUGACUGCGGCUCCAGCUCAGAAGCUGGUGACAGAGAUGGGCACUUACGUGACCCAGAGUGCCCUCAGUUCCUCCAGGCCUUCCAAAAAAGAUGAGGAUAGGCCUCCACUGAGGGGCUUCCUGAUGGAUGGAGAUUUCUACGUGGCUGCUUCUUUAGCCACAACCCUGACCAAAGUGGCUUUGCGCUAUGUCGCUAUUGUCCAAGACAAAAAGAAACAAAACUCUUUUGUCGCAGAGGCCAUGUUGAUCAUGGUCACUGUGCUGCACCUGGGCAAGUCUUCUCUGCCCAAGAAGCCAAUUACAGAUGACGACGUGGACAGGAUCUCAUUGUGCCUGAAGGUCUUGUCUGAGUGCUCGCCACUGAUGAAUGACAUCUUUAACAAGGAGUGCCGCAAAUCCUUGUCACAUAUGCUGACGGUCCGAUUGGAGGAGGAGAAGUUGUCACAGAAGAAAGAGUCUGAGAAGCGCAACGUAACAGUGCAGGCAGACGACCCGAUCUCCUUCAUGCAACUAACAGCCAAAAAUGAGACAACCUCUAAGGAAGACCAGUUCCAGCUUAGUCUGUUGGCUGCUAUGGGGAACACUCAAAGGAAGGAGGCUGCUGAUCCCUUGGCUUCAAAACUUAACAAGGUGACGCAGUUGACAGGUUUCUCAGACCCGGUGUACGCUGAAGCAUAUGUUCAUGUAAACCAGUAUGACAUUGUGCUGGAUGUGCUGGUGGUCAACCAAACCAGUGAUACACUCCAGAACUGCACCCUUGAGCUCGCUACUUUAGGGGAUCUAAAGCUGGUUGAGAAACCUUCCCCUCUUACUCUGGCCCCGCAUGACUUUGCUAACAUAAAGGCAAACGUGAAAGUGGCAUCGACUGAAAACGGCAUAAUCUUUGGAAACAUUGUGUAUGAUGUGUCCGGGGCUGCAAGUGACAGGAACUGUGUUGUCCUCAGUGACAUCCACAUUGACAUCAUGGACUACAUCCAGCCAGCGUCCUGUACUGAUGCUGAGUUUAGACAGAUGUGGGCUGAGUUUGAGUGGGAAAACAAGGUGACAGUGAACACAAACAUCACUGAUCUGAAUGAGUACCUCCAACAUAUUCUCAAGUCUACCAACAUGAAAUGCCUGACCCCAGAGAAGGCAUUGUCCGGCUUCUGUGGUUUCAUGGCCGCCAACCUUUAUGCCCGUUCCAUCUUUGGCGAAGACGCCCUAGCUAAUGUCAGCAUCGAGAAGCCCAUCCACCUGGGGCCUGAUGCACCAGUCAACGGACACAUACGCAUUCGAGCCAAAAGUCAGGGAAUGGCCUUGAGCCUGGGCGACAAGAUCAACCUCUCCCAAAAGAAGGCAACUAUCUGAAUGAACUCGUAGUGCAACGCUAUCCUCCUGACUUUGUAAAAGUCACCCUGUCUUUGUCUUGUAUCAUCCCUCUUCCUCCCUUGCAACUCUGCACAUUUUCGACUGGAUGGUCAGUGGCUUCUGUGCUUCUUUUUUCUUUCUUUUUUUCUUUCUUUCUUUUUUUUUUAUACAUCACUUGUCUCAGAUAUCUACUCAUCUCUGGUUCGUUUUAAAUAAAUGUUUAUUGAAAGCCAUGUGAGCUGUAGUUAUUCAAUAAAUGCACAUUUUAAGAUUUAAAUAGAAA